UGUCAGCAGCGGUAGCAGAAGAAGAAAAAACGAAUGUGGAGAAAUUAUGGCUAAAGACAAGAACAGUCUGGGUGCACUGAAGGACUUGGUGGAGUUAAAGGACCAGCUGGAGGACAUCCAGAGGCGUGUGGAGGAUGAGAUCCAGGCUGGUGUUCCUCCAGGAGGCAGUUUGCUGGCGUCUCCUUUCCUGAAGGGUUUUCUGGCCGGAUACAUUGUGGCUAGACUGCGCUCGCCAGCACUGGUGGGUGUUGCUGUGGGAACAAUCACGGGAAUCUAUGCAGCGCAGAAUUACAGUGUUCCCAACAUUGAAAACACCGUCAGAGACUACAUAAGUGAUCUAAAAGCAAGACGCAAAUGAGAGGAGGAAAACAGACUCAAAAUGCCAAACCAGGAAGACAGUUUUCUGCAACAACAUGAAGCCAGUACAGCUAUGUUCGGGAACAGAUACGCAUUUUAGAAGUUGCAAAACAACAAAUGUCAAAUACCUGACAAUCUCAAUCUAUAGCGAAUAAUUUUUGACAAAAUAAACUCCUAAAGCUGAUUUUAGGGAUGCGCUGAGCCGGCCUUUGCUCUCUCCAUUCUGAUAUCGGAGCACAGCGUACUGGCAGAUACUGAUCAGGUAUGCACUUUGUUUUUCUGUCUAAAGCCCUAUUUGGAUGUUAUUUAUGUGAUAUGUGGAGGGGAGGUGGAGUAAUGUCAUUUUACUAGAGGAGGUAGAUUCACAUGCGAUUAGAAAGCUUGUUAUAAAUGACAGAGACAGGAGUGGUUACUCAAUAAAUAGGCCUCACCCACAUUCUUCUUCAUUUUUGUCCCAGUGCAUCCUUAAGCACUUAUAUACAAUGGCAGAAAACUUAUUUUCCACAGGAUAUUACUGACAUGUGGGAUUAAUACACUCUGUGACAGUAUUUUCACCUACACAGGAAUGUGCAUUCAUUAAAAAUGACUGAAAUGGUCAAUUCUAAAUAGGCAAAAAUCACUGAGAAACUCUGGUAAUAAUUACUUUGUCUCACCUCUCCAUAUAAAUCUAAUCCUGUCCGAAUUGGGCUCAGGUCUAUUUGGAAUAUUUCAAACUUUAUGAGAAUGAUUGUACCUUGCAAUUGAAUAUUAUAAGUAUAAAUGUUCACACCAGUGUCUGAAAGGUGCUAAUAUUUUGCAGUCUGUGUUGAAAAAUAAAUCAGCAGGAGAAAAUGAUUUUUUUUUCGGGAUAGGUGACCGAGACACUCCAGAUUGUCACAUUGAGCAAACAGCAGUCUGUUCAUUGAGAGCAGUAUCUGCACCCGUUUGGAACGUUCUAUCAGAUUGUGUCAUUGCUGUUGAAGCAGUGUUAUUUUCCAUCUAUCCAUUUUCUAUACCCACUUAGUUCAAAUAAGUGUCACGGAUCGGGUGGGGAGGGAGCAGUGAAUGAGAUUUGGAUUAAAAUAUCACAACUGCUGCAACUCGGUUACCAAAUUAAUGCCAAGUGUAAAUUUAUUGAGAUGUAAUGAUCUCAGGCAAUCAGCACACGCGCAUGUUGUGACAGAGAUACAUGUGGACCUCAGCUCAGACUUUGUUGUUCAGAUGGUCAGAGUGGUGGGAACCAUUUUUUAUUUUUGAUCUUUAAAUGCUUGUAAAAUUUUGUUAAUUUUGUUUAAUGU